AUAAAAACACACAAGAGGUGCAUGCGUUGGCCUUUGCCUUUUUCCCUUAUUGCAUUUCCCUCUCCAUCAAACCAAAACAAAUACCUUUCUAUUCAUCUCUGAGUUGCAUAAUUGCACACUGCAUUGCAUUGCCCAGCUAGCCACCCCACGUGCGCUCUCUCUCUCUCUCAGAAAAUCAAAUUCAUUCCGAGGACCCCAAACGGUGUCGUUUUCUCGGAGUAUUAUUACAUCGCGCUGCGGUGUAAAGAGAGAGAGAGAGAGAGUUGUUGUGAUGUAGAAAGGUUGAUCCCAAAUGCACCCGUACAACCGGCUACCGAGCAGUGGGCACUCGACGCCGUCGCCGCCGCCGUCGCCUCUCCGGUCGCCGAGGCUCCGCCACGGGCGGUCCAAGGCCGGGCGGUUCUCCCCGAACCGGGGGGGCGGUCGGACCGCUGCGCAGCGGCUUAGUUGGAUGUUCCUUUCGGUUCUGCUUCGACGACAAGGCGUUUUCCUCUUCGCUCCUCUCAUCUACAUCUCCGGCAUGCUUCUCUACAUGGGAACCGCCUCAUUCGAUGUCGUUCCGGUCAUCAAACACCGCCCUGCUCCCGGUUCCCUCUACCGUAGCCCUCAGCUAUACGCCAAGCUUCGCUCCGAUAUGGAUUCCGAUAAUUCCUCUGCCGAUGCGAUAUCGACAAUAUGGAAGAGUCCAUAUAGAGGUGGGGAGUGGAAACCAUGUGUAAACAGAUCAACAGAAGGCCUACCUGAAUCAAAUGGAUACAUAUAUGUAGAGGCUAAUGGUGGCUUAAAUCAACAAAGGACAUCGGUAUGCAAUGCAGUUGCUGUGGCUGGAUAUCUCAAUGCUACCCUUGUGAUCCCUAAUUUCCAUUAUCAUAGCAUAUGGAAAGAUCCUAGCAAAUUCAAGGACAUUUAUGAUGAUGAAUAUUUUAUAAAUACCUUGAAAAAUGAUGUACGGGUGGUUGACAAGAUUCCUGAGUACCUAAUGGAAAGAUUUGGCAGCAACAUGACGAAUGUUCACAAUUUCAGGAUCAAGGCAUGGUCAUCUAUUCAGUAUUACAGAGAUGUAGUACUCCCAAAGUUACUUGAAGAAAAGGUUAUAAGGAUUUCACCUUUUGCAAAUAGAUUAUCAUUUGAUGCUCCUCCAGUUGUCCAGCGUCUCAGAUGUUUAGCAAAUUAUGAGGCUUUACGGUUUUCAAGUCCUAUACUGACUAUAGGUGAAUCUUUAGUUGAAAGAAUGAGAAAACGUAGUGCCAUUAAUGGCGGAAAAUAUGUCUCUGUACAUCUCCGUUUUGAAGAGGAUAUGGUUGCUUUCUCUUGUUGUGUUUUUGAUGGAGGAAAACAGGAGAGAGAGGACAUGAUUGCAGCUAGAGAAAGAGGUUGGAAAGGGAAAUUUACUAAACCUGGACGAGUUAUACGUCCAGGAGCAAUCAGGAUUAAUGGAAAGUGUCCCCUCACCCCAUUAGAGGUUGGCCUGAUGCUGAGGGGAAUGGGUUUCACAAAGAACACAUCUAUCUUUUUGGCAUCUGGAAAAAUAUAUAAUGCUGAGAAAACAAUGGCUCCACUACUCCAAAUGUUUCCUAAUUUGCAUACUAAGGAGACUCUAGCUUCUGAAGAGGAACUUACUCCAUUUAGGAAUUAUUCUUCCAGGAUGGCUGCCAUAGAUUACACUGUUUGUCUUCACAGUGAGGUGUUUGUCACAACUCAGGGGGGUAACUUCCCUCAUUUUUUGCUGGGCCACAGAAGAUACUUGUAUGGUGGACAUGCUAAGACAAUUAAACCUGAUAAGCGGAAGUUGGCAUUACUGUUUGAUAGUCCCAAUAUAGGAUGGAAAACUCUCAAGCGUCAACUGCUGAGCAUGAGGUUGCAUAGUGAUUCCAAGGGAGUUGAGCUCAAAAGACCGAAUGAUUCUAUUUACAGCUUUCCAUGCCCGGAUUGUAUGUGCCGUGCCAAUAGAACUAACGAUGCAAGAUCUUCAUCUGCGACAUGAUCUACUCAGAAUUUGAUGGGUGUUUCUGUUACCUAUGAUUUUGUGAGCAUGCCUUGCUGCUGAUUGCAUUUAUGGUAGUGAUUGUUUCAUUUUUUCCCCCUUCCAUCUGGUGAGAGGGCAUACACUCCAUUUUUGGACGUCGAAAGGUUUUGUUGGAGGUCUGGUUGAUCUGAUUAUAUAUUUGGAUUGAAUUUCAAGGGAGUGGCAUCUUUUUUGUACAUGAUGCCAAUUCAGAACAGAAUUGAAACCGUUCCUUUACAGGAAUCUCUCCCAGAACAUUAACUGAGCUAUGUUUUGUAUAUGAAUUAGCAGCCGCUGUGUCGAACCAUCUGUUUAAAGAGUCGAAUGACAAACUCAGGAUCCUUCGCACCCUGCCUGUACAUUACCUGGAGCAUGAUAUUCAUGUGUUAAGGCUGUAACAAGCUCUCUGUACAUUUACAAAAUUCAGGGUCCUGCCAUACUGUUAUCUUGUUCUGUUUUAGGUUUUUUUUUUUCCUUUCUUUUGCCGCUGUUAUCAAUUUUGUAUUUUAUUUUCCCUCAUAUUGAGGGCCCUAUUGUUAGUUUUAUGCUGUAUCUGAGCGCAUUUAUUAUUCUUUUACAUUGGUGCCCCAUUGUAUUAGUGAUGAU